CUGAAUAAAUCAGAUUGUAGGACUUCAGAUUUUUGCUUUUCCUUGAUUAAAACACAACCCAGUUUUUGUAACGUGACAAAUACUUUCACUUCAAAAGACCAUUUCAAUUAAAAAAAUACUCAAAACGGCAAAAAGGUUAAUUUUUUUGUUUGUUUUACUUUGUCAUCAAUGUACAGUAGGAUGGAGGUCAUUACUGUUGUUUGUAUUAUAAAAAUCACAAUACUUAUGACUAUUUGUUAUGUUCUGUUGCGAACAACUUUACCUUUUUACAGCCCUGUAACUUGAGGGUUUAAAUAGCUUUCACAGUAUUUGUUUUAAAUUACUACGAGGUCAAACACACAAGGAAAAAAGCUAACAGGAAAACAGGAAAAAUAACAAAGAUGAACAGUUAAACCUCUGUAAAUCUGUUGAAUAUGUAUCAGUAAAUGCCAAUGCAAUAUUUUAAAGAAUGAUUUAAUUUUUUUUAAGCCAGUAUUAAUUGGGUUUGAAGAAGACAUUUUUUCUUUAUUGGAUGCGUGUUACAGCACAGAAGCAGACUCCGCAUACGUACCCAGGCUUAAGCAAAAAAGCCAAGCAAAGUAAAAAGCGCCAAUUUUAAUGUUAAGUUUUUAAAGGACUACAUUAGCGUUCACUUGUUUAUACAAUGUCUACACUAAUGCCUGCACAAGCACCCUUCAGACAAAGAACAGACAUAAAAAGAUUUGGAAAUAAGGAGUCAAUACCUUUUAACCAUUUUAUUAGAAGAUGAAGUAAUCCCAAGGAAUUUGUUUCACUGCAUUAUGAAGUCAUACAAACUAAAUUAAAUCUAGACUUUAAUAUUAAGCAAAGACAGAGUACAGACAAAACAGAAUACUUACAGGUGCAAUGUUGCAGCCCCAAGUACCACGGCAGGAAGGAGCAGUGAACUGUAAAAUGAUUUGUCCUACAAAAUGCACAGCAAAGUAUAUAGCUAAUGGAGUCUUGAUGAACUGAGAUGAUAUUUCAUAGGCUCAUUUUCAGGCAUAAACGUAAUUCCACUUGCCUCUAGAGUUUACAUUUUCAAUUAGGAUGGAGGAGUUUAGGCUUACAACAACAAUUUUGUGGGAAGCAAUAUCCACAAAAGCAGCCACAAAGGUGCUUGAAAUCCAUACAAACAAGUUGGUUUUUGAAGAACAUCAAACACUACUCUCAACACUUCUAAAGACAACUUCAUCCUCUAGAUUUAGAAAACGUAUCCAUAACAUAGAAAAGCUUGAGCUUUAGAGAGAGAUUCUGAUAACAACAAAUACCUAUAAUGGCACUCUUGCAUAAUAAAACUAAAAGGCAAGAUAGUCACAGAUUGAGUUAUGCUGGGACAGUGCAUCUUCUCAGCAGUAUGGCAUCUUGCUCUGGAAGGGCAGGAGGAAAUACAGUAGCAUAGUCCUUGACAGCAGACAACGGCAUAGGGGAUAGAGGAUUCUUCCAAGUGGCAAAUUUCAUAGACAGUGGGCCUAGUAGCUGCAAUUCUAGCUCUAAAUCUGGUAAAACACUAACAGAAAGCCAAUGCUUUCAUGCUAUAAUAAACCCUCAGGCAGAAAGAUGUUCUCACAGGCAAGAUUUCAUCAUUUAGUCACUCCCCAGAAACACAUUAACGCUGGAGAAGGAAUUGUUUCUUCUUACCUGAUAAUGGGGUGUUUGUGUACUUUUACACUGCCAUAUAAAAUAUAGUUUCUAUAUGCCACACAGUUCAAUAGGAAAAAAUCCAUAGUAAACACUUCACAACCCGAAACAUCCCUGGAAGCUGUUAUUUGAAGGGCAAUGAGCACUUAAGUGUAUGAAAGAAACAGGCUCCUCAGGGAACUAUCCUUUGCAACCUGUCCACAAAGAUGUAUUUAAGGAAAAAACCUGACCAGGUGCACUCAUUCUGUACAGAUGUUUUAUAUUCUAAGCAGGUAUAAAGUCUAAUUAUUUCUAUAGCUGCCCAGUGUCUUCAGUGUAAUUCUUAUGUCCAGAACAAAUCUUGCCUGUGACAUACCAUAGAGAUCUCAUCACAUUCCCUACUUCAGAGCAACCUCAAUCUCUUCCUUUAAUUACUCAUUCACAACAAAACAGUUUUUCUGACUCCAGGUCCACAAAGAUCAGUGCUUCCCUAACAGACACUCCUCUCCAACCUGUGCUAUUGGGUCCGUAACAGGCUUUAUGCAAAUCUAUUCUCAGCUCUGGCAGUCAGCUGGCAGAAGGCUACAGCACUGACGUAUUUCUGAAAAUCCUAGCUUUCACCUUUCAGUGGUGUUCCCUUUCUCCUCCUUUCUGCACAAUAUUGGAAGGUUGACAUGGAUUUAAUUUGCUCAAGUUUUUCAUUCAAAUGGAUGAGAGACUCACGUCAAGUUUGUUUACCCAGUAAAUGUAUCCCUUAGGAGCUGUAAAGAAAAAGUAUGUUCCGGGACCCAAUUUCCUGAUGUUUUCCUUUGGCCUGUGCAUUCAAUGCAGACUGAAGAGCACUGCUGACAGAACAUACAAGCAAAAUGGAUGAAACCUCCACCUAACAUAAAGCUCCACUUUCUGCAAUGCUAAGUGGAAAAGAGGUAUUCUUCCAACAUGAAAUCCACUGCAUACCAGUAAGGACAACAAGAUAAUUUGAAUGCUUCAUUAAACUAUGAUGAGAAGACAGUAUCUGGAAAAUAAAAGAUGAACCCACUUGAUGCAUCAAAAUCAGGAUUUUUAGCGUGCAUUGCUGUCUGUACAUUCAUCUGUACUUUCAUCUACCUAAAGGAUAUGCUUUCUGAAGAGCCAAAUGAACAGAAGUUUCAUGCAAAUAAAGCAGAAUGUGGGUUUUACCCGGAUGAACUUUGUUCAGCUAUUUUUAUGGGGAAAACAGCUGCCUUUAAAAUCGGAAACUUUUGUCAGAAUACCUACCAACCUGAAACACUCAGCUGUGUUCAGACUUCAUGCAACUGCUCCAUGGUUUUGAAGACUCUGCAUUUUAUCACAAGACCACUGUCAGAUGAAGAAGGAAAUUUCUCACUGGCAUACAUUAUCACAAUUCACAAGGAGCUGGAAAUGUUUGUAAAGCUACUAAGAGCUAUUUAUAUGCCUCAGAAUAUUUACUGCAUACAUGUUGAUGAAAAAUCACCAAAAGAUUAUAGAGCUGCUGUACAAAACAUCAUUAAUUGCUUUGAAAAUAUUUUUAUUUCCUCAAAAAGAGAAAAUGUUGUUUAUGCAGGAUUUUCAAGAUUACAAGCUGACAUUAAUUGCAUGAGAGAUCUAGUUCAUUCCAAAAUUCGGUGGAAUUACGUUAUUAAUCUAUGUGGUCAAGAUUAUCCCAUUAAAACUAACAAAGACAUUAUACAAUACAUCAAAAGUAAAUGGAAUGGUAAAAAUAUGACUCCUGGGGUGGUCCAGCCACUUCAUAUGAAACACAGGACACAGGUUAGUUACAAAGAAUAUGUACAUUCUGGAAUAUCAUACGUGUAUCCAACAAAGAAUAUAAAAGCUAAACCUCCAUAUAAUCUGACAAUAUAUUUUGGUAGUGCCUAUUACAUACUCACUAAGGAAUUUGUAGAGUUUGCAUUGACUGAUGCACGUGCGAAAGAGUUGCUUGAAUGGUCAAGAGACACGUACAGUCCGGAUGAACACUACUGGGUCACACUGAAUCGUUUAAAUGAUGCUCCAGGGGCAACACCCAAUGCAGACUGGGAAGGAAACAUAAGAGCCAUUAAAUGGAAAGAUCAAGAAGGAACCACACACAAAGGCUGUAAAGGUCAUUACAUCAGAGACAUUUGUGUCUAUGGACUAGGGGAUUUGCAGUGGAUUAUUGAGUCACCUCAUUUGUUUGCCAACAAAUUUGAGCCUGCAACAUACCCACUUGUUAUGGACUGCCUAGAGAGACGCUACAGGCUUAAAGUACUGCACCAGGCAGAAGUCCCGAUCGAAGAUGACUGGCGCUUUCAGGAAGAGAACUACUUCAACAUGAAGCUGAAUGUUUGAGCUUAACUAACAUGUAAACAAAUGUUCAAAAUACUGACAGAAACAGGUAACAUUUUUAGCCAUAGACUUCACUCUGUGUAUUACAGCAUGAGGGUAAGCACAAUACUGUACUACCAGACUGCCAGUGAAAUAAACAGGUUUUAUUUAUUACAGUAAGGUAAAAAGCAACAACUGCUAAUGGGUUAAUUCUCAGAGAAAAUGACAUGUCUAGAUCUGUAACUUAGUGAAGACAAGGGGGAAGUUCAUAAUCCUUUAAGUGACUUGAUUAACUGGAAAAAUAUAUAUUCCUCAUGUCUGCAGCCAAGAAAAGGAUUAACUGGUAUGAAAAUAAUGAAAUGGAAGCAAUGACUAAACAAAAGAUAAAAUAUGAAGAGCACAAAUUAAAAGUCAUGUCUACUGUA